AUGCACCCCCUCAUCCCUGUCCGAGUCCCCUCAAACCGGGGUUCCUUUACCAGCAGCCCCCACCCCUCUCCCGCCUCGCCUCUAGUCCAGGGGGCCUCCCAGCUCACCCACUCCGGAAGCUUCUAUUCGGACUCACCCAGUGGGGCCGGAGGUCGAGGGCCCAAGAGAAGCGCCCAGGGGCGGGGGCGGGGGCCGCUGCUUGCAGCUGUAACAACCCGCGGCAGCAGCCACCCCGCUGGCAGCUCCGGCCGAAUCAGCGCCCCGCGCCGGCUCCUAUCCUACUCCACCCCAGGACUAUGUCAAGCUGUGGCCAUGCUCCCACCAGUCAGCCACCUCCUGCCCCUCCUGCUGAUGAUAGGCAUGGGGGGUACUGUGUCCAGCCCUCGGACACCUCCCCAGGGCUGCUACGUGGCAGAGGAAGCUGGUGAGCGGACGUUCCGCUGCAGCCAGGCAGGCCUGAGUGCUGUGCCCACUGGCAUCCCCAACGACACCCGUAAGCUCUACCUGGAUGCCAACCAGCUGGCAUCAGUUCCAGCUGGUGCCUUCCAGCACCUGCCUGUCCUAGAGGAGCUGGAUCUGUCCCAUAAUGCCCUUGCCCAUCUCUCAGGGGCUGCUUUUCAGGGCCUGGCGGGCACUCUGCGCCACCUUGACCUCUCUGCCAACCAGCUGGCCUCGGUGCCUGUGGAGGUCUUCAUGGGGCUACAGAUCCAAGUGAACCUGUCCGCCAACCCGUGGCACUGUGACUGCGCCCUCCAGGAGGUGCUCAGGAGAGUGAGGCUGGCACCAGGCACUGGGACGGGCAUUGUGUGUGGCCCGGGAGCCCGACCGGAUCUUGUGGGGCAGGAGUUCCUGCCACUGGCAGGGGAGGAAGAGCUGUGUGGGACGGGGCGAGGUGGGGCCCAGCGGAGCACCGAUGUGGCCCUGCUGGUCACCAUGGGAGGCUGGCUGGUGCUCGUGGUGGCCUAUCUGAUCCACUACGUGUGGCAGAACCGAGAUGAGGCCCGGCGCCCCCUCAAGCAGGCCCCAGUGCUGCCCGUGUGCUCCGAGGACUCCUCUACUCUUAGCACAGUUGUCUGA